AUGGCACUAGUCCCUCCCCAUAUUAUGCAAGAGAUGAUUAAGGUGAUUGUUGAUGAUGUUCUGGUUUAUUAUAUGGUUGUGAAAAGUGCUAAUCACUUGAAGUUGGAUCUCAGACCUAUUUUUAAUGUUUACAAUGUCAGAGCGGACUUUAUUUACUUACAAAUAGUACUGGGGUAUUGUGUUGAGAAAAAGCCUGAUGAAAGUUUUGAUAACUGUAUAUAGGCAUAAUCUGAAGGAGCUGCAUAGUGCCAAGUUUGUGAUGAUGGUUAUUAUCUUAAUAGCUAUAGUUUUUGCUCUAAAUGCAAUGUAACAAAUUGCUUUACCUGCGAUUCAAAUAACAAAGCUUAUUGCACAUAAUGCUAAGAGACAUUCAUUUUAGAUAAUGGAAUAUGCAAAAAUUGCAAUAGUGAAAAGAUGGAUAAAGCACUAUUGAAUUACUACCCCUAAUGUGCUAAUUGCGAUGCAUCAGGUUGUCUUGGAUGUGUGAAUGGGUUUAAAGAUUAUACCACUGGCAAUUGCGUAUCUAAGUGUCCCAAAGGAUAAUAUGGCAAAAAAGACUUUUCUCAGAGAGGAAAGAUUGCACACUCAUACUGCGCUGAAUGUCAUAGUUAAUGUCUUGAAUGUGUGAACGAAUAUCCUGAAGGUUGUACUAGAUGUAAGGCAGGCUUUUACUUAAGUAAGACUAUGAAAAUUGUUUCGUACGGAAGCUGCAUCGCUAAAACGCAGCAAACUCUUUCUGUUGACUUAUUCGUUAAACCUGCAGAUUCGAUAAGUUUCGAUGCUACAAGUUAAACCGGAGAAAGAGAUAACCCAUAUAUGGAUAUUUAAGAUGCCAUUACACGCAUGUAUGAGAGAUGUGCAGAUGUUAUCGACACGUGCCAAUUAGUAUUGACUCUAACUCUUAGAACAUUCAACUUACAAUUACUCCGCUAUAUUGUACAGGAGACGCAGAUUGCUAUGAAGAUGAUACUGAGAAGAACUGAAGAAUGCAAUAUUGCGAAUGGAGGAUCUUUAAUAAAAUUUGACAUUUCUAAGGAAACAGUUCUUACAAGAGUCCUGGAUAGACCACCAACUCUAUUAAUUGAUAAACUAAUUCUUAUGGAGGUCAUAUCAUAAUUUAAAACUCAAAAUUUGAAAGAUUCUCAACAUGUGGCGCCAUUUUAAGAAAUUUCAGAAAAUUAUACAGUUUAUCAAAAGCAGAUAUAUGAUAAAAUUUAUGAAGAAGAUUAAGCUUUUGUAGGCAUUUGCUUGACUGAUUGUCAAAGCUUAACAAUCGUUAACACUGCCUUUACCAAAUUUGGAAUUGAUAUUGCUGCUAAUAUUGAUGAAAACAAUGUUGAGUAAAUUGAAACAGUGGCACUGAUAAAUCCUGCUUAUGGAAUGCAUCGAUAAGGGAAAAUAUUGCAUUUGGAUAAAUUCAAUGGACCCACAAAUAUAACUGGGAAUAUGUUUGAAUACAAUGUGCUUGGAUAUUAAAGUGGAUGCAGUUUUCUUGAAAAUGAUAAAAGUUUUCAAUAUGAUUAGUAUGAAGACCCUGAUUUUAUUUACCAAGAAGUUUAUCCUUCAAAUGAUGCAUACAAUAGUAGUUUUGUUCAACUAAAGCACUUGAUAAGCAUCUAAAAUCAACUCGGCAGUGUUCAUAUUAGGUUAAAUACCUUCUAAGGAAAUUCUGUCAUUAAAGGAAUAAUAAACAUUGAUGGUACUAAGGAUGCUGCGAAAAUUGAUUUGCAGGUUCAAGAUAUUUUAAUCGAGAAUAACGUUUUUUAAUAGAAUUUUGCAUAUCUAUCUACAAUUGCUAUUUAAAUCAGGAGAUAUGACAAAAGCUUUGAUGAUUAUACUCUAAAGGAUGGUUAUCUCCCUUGUGGAGGUAUUCUCAUCAAUGCCAAUAACUUUUCGAAUAAUUUCGGGUGUCCACUUUUCGGUGGAAGUUUGAUUUAGAUGGUUUGCCAAACAGUAGAAACUAUUGAUUAAUUUGAUUAACCCAAGCCUUUGGAAAUUUCUCCAACUAAAUUUACAUAUGAUUAAAUAAUAGAAGUUUAGGAACUAGUUACUCAAGAUUAUGGUUCAACAAAUAAAAAUUAAUUUAUGCUUAGCAACAACUACUACAAUAAAAAUUAUGGAGGUUAUAAUGAGGCUUUAUAGAAAUUUAAGACGUCAGACAACUACGUUGCUUUCCUUUUUAAGAAUGAAACAGAAAAUACAGAUUCAAGGAUGAGAUUAGGCAAAUUCUUUUCAUUAUCAUCAGACCCUAGUGGAGAUUAAGAUAGUGAUUAUGAUGAUCUAUACAGAAGGAGAAGAGUCUUACAAGAUUCUUAAAACUCUUGGGUCCCAUCUAUAGAUAAUAAUCCUGAUAAAUAGCUUUUGGGCCUGAUAUACAUUAGAUAGAGUCUUUAUUUAUUUAUCAGUCAAACUACAGUUAAAGAUAAUUUUAUCUAUGAAUAAAACCUUAAUAGAACUAAGGGAGCAUUCAUCACUAUUAGGAGAUUUUAUGGAUUUGUACAUUUUUUGAAUGUUGAUAUCUCUAACUAUAAGGGUAUGCUUAAUAGCAAAUAUGCAAGAACUGAUUUGAAUCUCUAAGUGAAUUAGGGUACAAGUUUUAGCUCAGUUUUUGCUUAAACAAAUCCUAUUAUUGGCUUUGAUUAGUAGUCCUAACUCUAAGAUGUCAUGUCAGAUUAUAUUAUGCAAAAUGUAACUCUUAAUAACAUAGAAUGUUGGACUAACUACAAUCACUCAUUAUUCUAAAUAACAACUAAAAAUGCUUCAAUUAAAGCUAUUUAAGUUUCAAAUAUAAAUGUAGAAUUGAAGAAUCAGGAUCCUGAAUUUUAUCUUUAUUAAGAUGACGAUGGUCCUUAAAUCUUCUAAUUACAGAUCAGAGGAAAUAUUGGAAAUCAAAUCAUUGUUAAAGAUUCCACUUUUUAAAAUAUUUAUGGUAAUAGAGGUUCUGUUUUCAAUCUAAGUAUGUCACCAAUCUUUAGCGGAGAGAUCAAAACUAUUUUCAACAGUUCUUUCAAUAAUAUCGUAUCUAGAGCAGGAGGAGUUUUCCAUAUUGCUAAAGGUUAUCAGGGUAUAUUGGAAAUUUUGAAUUGCAAUUUUACAAACACAGAGUCCUACGGCAAAGGUGGUGUUCUUUCAAAUAACCCAAGCUGGGAGAGUCCAGCAGAAAUGGAGGAAGGAUUAUCAGGCUUAACAUUUUAAUACUGCAAUUUCGAAUCUAAUUUUGCUGUUAAUGAAGAGCUUUGGGAUUUCUAUUUCUUCCCAAUGAAUUAUAUAUAUUUUAAGAGAUCAGGUUAUAUUACUUUUAUCAACCAAAAUAACCAUAUUUAACUUGUAAUUCUAAACAAUACUAUUACUUAAUAUUACAAAUCUCGCAUAUAUGACUUCAGCACAAAUAAUAAUUAAAUAGAAGCUAAGUAUAACGAGGAAUAAAAGAAAGAUUCAGAUUAAAAAAGCUAUGGAACUGCUUUUGUUAUUAUCACAAAAGAUACAAUUUAGAUUAAUUCUGAAUCUAAUAUUUUUGAUGGAUGCAGAUAUGGCUAUUUAGGAGGAAUUUAUCAUAUUAGCACGAAUACUGCUUAUUUUUCAGACAUGCACUCAACUUACAUAAACUCAUUUGCUUUCUUUGGAGGUGUAAUAUAUUGUGAAGGCUGCUAAAGAAUUACUUUUGAAAAUACUACAUAUGACACUUAGUAAGCAUAAUAAGGUGCGGUCAUAUAUUCAAUAAAGAAGAAUGCUAUGACUUUUUACUCACCCAUAAACAUACAAGUAAUAUCAUCAAGAGCAAAUAAUGUCUUAUCACUAGACAGUGGAGGUUUUGCAUAUAUUUACGGAAAUAAAACAUAAGUGUAUCUCUUUAUUCAAAAUUCAAACUUUACAAAUGUCAAUUCAUCUCAGAAUCAAGUCGAAUCCUUUAAAAUUGGCUCCAUAAUUGAGUCAUCAUAUGAUGGAGGUGGAGUUAUUUUUGUAUGGGGACCUUAAGUAACAAUUGAAUUAGAAAAUAACAUAUUUUUAAGUACUUCAACUAUUGAAAGUGGAGGUGUCAUAUAUGCAUUAAGUACAAAUGAGCUUAGUUUAAGUAUUAAGCAAUAGACUAUUAAAGAUGUUUAUGCUAAAGUUAAAGGGGCUAUAAUAUAUGCUUAAUCCUUGCUAAAGACCUUAAGUGCUACAUUAUCAGAUAACGUAAUGUCAUGCUAAGACGAAGUAAAUCAAGAUUAAUUAAAGACUUUCUUAGCAGAUUAAAAGAGACCAGGAUUUGAAAGUUUUCAUGCUUUUCAAUUUCUGACAUACUUAGACUCUACUGUAAUAUCAGAAAGAAAUAAUAUUUCUAAUUGUGGUAUCAGUACCUAUAUAUCAUCGGAUGAAACAGAAUACAUAGGAAGUGGUGGAGUUUAUUAUUUAAAUGGAGUAAAGGGAUUUUUAACAUUUUAGGAUUCAUUCAGCAAUUACUCAAAUAAUUCUGCAUAUUACGGGGGUGUAUACCUAUGCGGUUAAUGCAAUCUUUAUUUGAAUUUUAACCUGUAUGAGGAUAAUUUCUGCUACUAUGGAUGCGUUGCUAGUACAGGAGCAGACUAUAAGAAUAUUACAAUAAGUAGCUGUGAAUUCAGAGAUAAUCAAGCCAUAUAUACUGGAGGAGUUUUGUAUUAAUAUGAUCUUGAGUAUUUAAAGGAGUCUAUAACAGUAAUAAACAGUAAAUUCUAUACAAAUAUGACAAAAUAUUGGGAGGUAUGGAGAUAAAGAUAUAAGAAUAACACUGAUUAGGUAUUGAUAGAGGAAAUAGGUGGACUUAUAUUUACAGUGAUUUAAACUUACUAAUUCAGUUUUCUCAAUAAUUCAGUUGAAUUCUAUGAUAUUUAUGUGGAUGUUGAUUAAAAUGAUAACUAUGAUCUUGACAAACUUACUAAUGAUAAUAUUUAUCAGCUUAUGUAUGUUAAACAAAUUGAUACUGUAUAAAUAAAAGAUAAUAAUAUAACUGGAUACUUUAAAUAAAGUGUUAUCUAAUAUUUGGAAGAUAAUUAAAAAGAUUUCAGAUCAAUUCUACUCGAUGAAGGAGUAGUUUAUAAAUUUUAAGGAUUUAUAUCUCUUGAAGAUACAAAAUUGACAAAUUUGCAUAAAAAUGUAUUCAAAAAUAUAUCCUUAAAUAACUAUGGUGCGGUUAGAGUCACAAAUUGCAAAAAUUUCUCUGAUACAGAUUCUAUCUAUGAAAAUAAUACCGCAUUGAAUGGAGCUGCAAUGACUUUACAAUAGGUUUUUGGGGAAAUUUAUAGAAAUAAAUUUAUCGGUAAUAAUGCUUAAUAUGGCGGGUCAAUGUAAAUCCUCGACUAUUCUCGCCUCUUUAUGUCAAAUUUGAAUUUCUAAUUUAGCUAUUCUUCAAAUGAGGCUGGUUGUAUACUUAUCAAGAAACUGAAUCCUUCAAUAUAAUAAGGUACUUGGAUAGGUCUUUGGUAUAGUGAUUUCACUGAUAGUUAUGCUGAAAAAGAAGGUGGAGUUUUCAGACUAGACGAUAAAAAUUUGGAAUUAGAUUUUUAAGCUAAUUAUAUCUAUCGAAGUGGGACUAGUGAAAGCUUCCUUGUAGGUUCAGGCGAUGAAGGCUCAACUUUCUAAAGUAUUUAACUUGUAAUUGUCUAAUUAAAUAUAGUGAAUAGCGCAAUUUUUGGCGGAGCAAUUUAAGUUUCAUUAUCAAAUCUGACACUUAAUGGAACAACAUUUGCAGAAAACUAUGCCCAAGAUGGAGGUGCAAUUUCAAUCGAUAAUCUUGGCUUUUUGAAUACUAACCCUUUGAUUAUUGAAUAUUGUGAAUUCUCGAACAAUGAAGCGGAUAAAAACACAAUAUAGUUGAUGUAUGGACACUAUUCUUUCAUUACCUAAUGCACAUUCUAUAAAAAUGUAGCUAAAGAGACUUCGAAGAACAUUUUCAUUGGAUAUACUAAUCUUACCAUUGAAAAUUCAACAUUCACAGAUGAUACAUCGUAUAUUUUCUAAGAUAAAACUUUAUGA